AUGGUUAUUCUGAGAGAGGGUGACCAUGUGUGGCUUGAAACCAACACAAGUAGAGAAUUCAAUGCACCAAUUGGAGCAGUGGUGAAGCUGCCAUUAUCUGGAAAGGUUCUGCUGUUGGAUGAUGAAGGGAAGGAGCAGUGGAUUAGUGCAUCGAAUAUUAACAGUGUGCGUCCCAUGCACCCUACCUCAGUGAAAGGAGUGGACGACAUGAUCCUAAUCGGGGACCUAAACGAAGCGGGAAUAUUGCACAACCUCCUCAUCCGAUAUCGAGAAAAUGUCAUUUAUACCUACACUGGCUCUAUCCUGGUGGCUCUGAACCCCUACCAACUGCUCCCAUUCUAUACCAUCGAGCAGAUCAACCUGUACACCAAUAGGCGUAUCGGAGAGCUGCCUCCUCACAUCUUUGCCAUCGCGGACAACUGCUACUUCAACCUGAGGAAGAAUAGGAAGGACCAGUGCUGCAUUAUCAGUGGAGAGUCGGGAGCUGGGAAGACAGAGAGCACGAAGCUGAUGCUGCAGUUUCUGGCUGCAGUCAGUGGACAGCGCUUGUGGAUUGAACAGCAGAUCCUGGAGGCAACCCCAAUUCUGGAAGCUUUUGGAAAUGCAAAGACUGUAAAAAACGACAAUUCCAGUCGCUUUGGGAAAUACAUUGAAAUUUACUUUAAUGAGGAUGGGAUCAUAGUGGGAGCGAAGGUCGAACAGUAUUUACUGGAAAAGUCUCGAGUCUGCCUACAGGCUCUAGAUGAGAGAAACUACCACAUAUUCUACAGUAUGCUGAUGGGGAUGAAAACAGAGCAGAAGAAACUCCUCAGUUUAGGCACAGCACAUGAGUAUGACUACCUGACCAAGGGUAAUUGUACAAGUUGUGAUGGACACGAUGAUGUAAAGCACUAUGCUGAUAUUUACUCAGCCAUGAAAAUCCUGAUGUUCUCAGACAGUGAACAGUGGGAAAUCAGCAAGCUAUUGGCUGCUAUUUUGCAUCUGGGUAACCUGCAUUUCCAAGCUGCUGUGUAUAAUAAUUUGGAUUGCUGUGAGCUUUUGGAGUCAAGUCAUCUCUCCAUGGCAACAAAGUUGCUUGAGGUGAGUUCACUGAAGCUGGAAGAUGCAAUGAUUCACAGAUCCAUCUUAAUCAGAGGGGAGAGUGUAUCUACUCCAGUGAGUAAAGCACAGGCAGCUGGUAGUCGGGAUGCACUAGUGAAGGGGAUAUAUGACCAUCUCUUUGUGUGGAUUGUGAAUAAAAUUAACACUGUGAUCAACACAGUCACUGUCAACAAUCCAGGAAAGGCUUGCAGCUCUAUUGGGUUGCUGGAUAUCUUUGGCUUUGAGAACUUCAAUUCAAACAGCUUUGAGCAGCUGUGCAUCAACUUUGCCAAUGAGCACUUACAGCAAUUCUUUGUGAGCUGCAUCUUCAAACAGGAGCAGGAGGAAUACAUUCAGGAGAACAUUGAAUGGCAGCACAUUGAAUUCACUGACAACCAGAAGGCACUAGAUACACUUGCAGUCAAACCAAUGAGUAUCAUCUCCCUCAUUGACGAAGAGAGCAAGUUUCCAAAGGGUACUGACACCACAUUGUUAAACAAGCUGAAUAAUCACCACAGCAAGAGUAUGAUCUACGUCCCUCCCAUGAGCUCUCAUGAUACCACGUUUGGCAUCACUCACUUUGCAGGAGUGGUUUACUACGAGUCUAAAGGUUUCCUGGAGAAGAACAGAGAUCAGCUGAGUUCCAGCAUCAUGCAGGUUGUGCAAUCUUCCAAGAACAAAUUUCUCAAACAAAUUUUCCAUACCAGCUUUGGAUCAGCAUCGGGAAAGCCACAAAACCAGAGGCAAAUUUGUCCUGAAGGUUCCAUCAAGGCAUCUGGCAGCCAUAGACAACUCCCCACACUCAGCCGGCAGUUCAAACAGUCACUGGAUAAUCUAAUGAAAAUCCUGAAGGCUUGUCAGCCCUUCUUCAUUCGCUGCAUCAAACCCAAUAAGUUCAAAAAACCCCUGCUCUUUGAUCGGGAGUUGUGCAUUAAGCAAUUACGAUAUUCUGGAAUGAGGGAGACCAUCCGCAUCCGCAAGUCAGGCUACCCCAUUCGCUUUACCUUCCAAGAUUUUGUGCAGCAGUACAAGUUUGUAAUGCAAUCAGCUCUUUGGCAAGUGAAGGAGGAGAAUGCCCACUUGUGCUGCAAACAGAUUGCCGAAUCUGUGAUCGGAAACAAUGGAGACUGGAAGAUAGGCAGAACAAAGAUCUUCCUAAAGGAGAAAGACCAUUUGUCCCUGGAGCUCGAGCGAGACAGAAUCUUGACAGCAAAGGCCUUGAUGAUUCAGAAGGUCAUGCGGUGUUUCAAAGACAGGAAGAAUUUCCUGAGACAGAAGGGUGCAGCCUGUAUAAUCCAGAGUCACUGGAGAGGAUCACAGUGUCGCAAGAAGUGCCAAGUGAUGAGGCAGGGUUUUCAGAGAUUACAGGCACUAUUUCGCUCCUGGAAAAUAGCUAAAGAAUAUGAAGAAACUCGCAGGAGGAUGAUCCUGUUCCAAGCACAGUGCCGGGGAUACCUGGUUCGACAAAAUCAAAGCAAACGACUGGAAGCUCUGGCCACUAUCCAGGCGUAUGCCAGGGGAAUGCUGAUUCGAAAGAGAUAUCGGAAAAAGAGGAGAGAUGUUCAAAGGUGUGUUGGACCACAGAAGCUUCGCUUUGUUGAGGAACAGCAUCUGGUGCAGGUGGUGGGACUGACGCAGGGGAAACCAGAGGCUGAGGAGAAGAAAUCGGAACAUCUGAAACGUAUUGCCAAGCUGGACGUGGAGAAUGAGAGGCAGCAGAGGGAGGAGUACUUGAAAAAGCAGAAAGCAAAGACGGAGAUCCUCAACGAUCUCAACAUGGUGGACAAUAUCUUUGCCUUUUUGCCAUCUGUGUUGGCAGGCCAGGAGGGCCCAGGUCCUCAGGGCUUCGAGGACUUGGAAGUGAAACAGGAGAAACUUGAUGAGUUUGAUUUGGAUGAUAUCUCUCUAUCCUCUGAGUCUGAUGAAGAGGACGAUCUUGCCCAGUACACCUUUCCAAAAUACGCUGCCACUUACUUCCAGGGCUCCUCGACCCACACUCACAUUCAACGAGCUCUCCGUCGCCCACUGCUCUUCCAUGAAGAUGAAGUUGAUGUUCUGGCUUCCAUGGCAGUCUGGAAUAUUAUUCUGAGGUUCAUGGGAGAUCUACCAGAGCCCAGGACAUUUGCUCAGGCCUCUGAGAAGCACAGCAACUCAGCAAAUCAGGCUAUGGAUGAGCUUCCCUUCAUUCCCAGGGCUCAAAUAAUGGAAGAAACUCCAAAGAAGUUGAACAAUGGCGAAGAGACACUUUUGGGUGAAAAUUCUAUCACAGACAGACCAAUGUCAAACCUGGAAAAAGUUCAUUUCAUUAUUGGUAAUGCCAUUGCCAGACCCAACAUCAGGGAUGAGAUUUAUUGUCAGAUCUGUAAACAGUUGUCCAAGUGUUACAACAAGAAUGUUUAUGCCAGAGGGUGGAUUCUAAUGUCUCUCUGUGUUGGCUGCUUUCCACCUACAGAUGGGUUUAUAAAGUAUCUGCGUAAUUUCAUUCGUGAUGGGCCUUUGGGAUAUGCUCCUUACUGUGCAGAACGACUGCGACGCACAUUUGCAAAUGGAGCUCGGAGAGAGCCACCGAGCUACCUGGAGCUGGAGGCGACCAAGUCGAAGCAGCUAAUCAAGGUGACGGUGACACUGAUGAGUGGAUUGAGCUGUUUGAUCUCUAUUGAUUCCGCUACGACAGCCAAUGAGCUGUGCAAAUCUCUCACAGGCAAGAUUGGACUGAAGGAUACCUUUGGAUUCUCCAUAUACAUUGUGCUAUAUGAUAAAGUCUCCUCUCUUGGGAGUGGCAGAGAUCAUGUGUUGGAUGCCAUCUCUCAGUGUGAGCAGUAUGUGAAGGGGCAGGGCAGGCAGGAGCGGCAUGCAGCAUGGCGUCUGUUUUUCAGAAAGGAGAUCUUCACGCCUUGGCACAACUGCAGUGAAGACCCAAUCAGCACAGAUCUCAUCUACCAACAGAUCAUCCGAGGCAUUCGAUUUGGGGAAUAUCAGUGUGAAAAGGAGGAAGAGUUGGUGGACAUCGCUGCUAAACAUUACUAUGUGAAGUUCGGAGCGGAUGUGGAAACUGAGAAAGGAAUGAAGGUCGUGCAUGCCUGUAUCUCCGACAAACUCUUAAAGAGAAAAUCCCCAGAGAAAUGGUGCCAACAGGUCACAGCAAAAGUCAAGGACUUGUUCAUCAGUGAGAGGCCCAGCGCACUUAAAUUAGAAGAACAGCUGGUUGAUUUUGCUCGCAUGAAGUGGCCUCUCCUGUUUUCCAGGUUUUUUGAAGCUGCAAAAUUCUCAGGACCCACCUUACCAAAGAACCAGCUAGUUGUAGCGAUUAACUGGGUUGGCAUCAGCUUUGUGGACAAGAAUGAGAAACUCCUUUUGAAACGGUCGUACCUAGAAAUUACUGGAGUAAACACAAUCAGGGCUUCAAAGCAAUUUGGCCAGAGUGUCACAAUGACUACCCUACAGGGGGAGGAAUACAUUCUGACAUCAGGAUAUGCUGCAGACAUUGCCGAUUUGAUAGUCAUGUUCCUGAAUGGUUUGAAGAUGAGAUCGCAGUAUGCAGUAACACUGUACAGCAGCUCCAAACAAGGUACAGGGAAGGACCCUAUAUUCCUAAAAUAUGAGAAGGGUGAUUUGAUAAAGUUGAUUGGAAAUGAGGAGAUUACUCAGGAUAAUGGCUGGAUUCAAGGACGGAAUGAACGCACUGAGAAAAUAGGAAGCCUCUCACUGGAAUCUGUCUACAUUGUUCCAACUCUUGAGAAGCCAUCAUCAAAUGUGAUGAGCUUGAUACUCAUGUCACCUGACCAACGACGCCAAGCAUCCCAGAAUGCCUGUGCCGAGGUGAAGGAGCCAGAGUUGAAGAUCAAAGCCUACACACUGGAGGAGUUUUCCUAUGACCAUUUCAGACCCCCAGCAAAGGAAUCAGUGAGCAAAAUGGUGCUUCCAAAGGCUCGUGUGAAGGAUCGGAUCUGGGCCUGCUCGAGGGAACCUCUGAAACUGCCUUUACUGAAGAAAGUCUGUGCAAGUACAGAGAUGGUGGUAGUGGCCUGCCAGGCAUUCACUGCCAUAAUGAAGUACAUGGGAGAUUACCCAGGGAAGCUAUGCAAGUCUGGCACUGAGCUGACAGAUCUGAUAUUCUCUGCAGCACUAAAGGAGGAGGCACUACAGGACGAGAUCUAUUGCCAGAUUGUGAAGCAGCUGACAGCUAAUUAUAACAGGUACAGUGUAGAUAAUGGCUGGCAGCUCCUCUGGCUCUGCACUGGGCUCUUCUCUCCCAGUAAUGUGCUGCUGCCUCAUGUGAAGAGAUUCCUCGAGACCCACCCUACAGAGAGGCUGGCAGCUGACUGCAUUCAAAGAUUAAACAAGGUUAAAAGAUGUGGAGCUCGGAAGAAUCCCCCACACCUUCUGGAGGUGGAGGCCAUCCAGCACUGGAGCACCAAGAUCCUACACAAAAUCUAUUUCCCCAAUGACACUGAUGAGGCAUUUGAGGUUUUCACCAGUACCAAAGCCAGGGACCUCUGUGAAAGUAUCACCAAGCAUUUAAAACUCAGCUCCGCUGAAGGCCUGAGUCUCUUUGUACAGGUUGAAGACAAGGUUAUCAGCUUUCCUGAAGGAGAUUUCUUCUUUGAUUAUGUGAGGCAUGUGACUGACUGGGUCAAGAAAGAAAAGCCUAUGAAGGAUGGUACUUCUCUCUCGGUGGCAUACAAGGUGCUGUUCAUGAGAAAGCUGUGGCUCAAUGUCUUUCCUGGUAGAGACUUAAAAGCAGAUAUAGUGUUCCAUUACCCACAGGAGUUACCAAAGUAUUUGCGAGGUUACCACCAGUGCACAAAGGAAGAUGCCAUCCAGAUUGCUGCAUUCCUUUACAAAGUGAAGUUCAGUGAUGACAAGUCCCAGUUUCUCAAUAUUCCCAAAAUGUUGAAGGAUCUGGUUCCUGAGGACAUGAUUCGGAUGUUGUCACCAGAGGAAUGGAAGAAGUGUAUUGUGGCCAUGUGUAACAGGCAUACAGGGAAGACAGCAGAUGAAGUCAAGCUGGCAUUUCUCAAAUUGCUGUACCGUUGGGCAACAUUUGGAUCGGCCUUUUUCGAAGUGAAGCAAACAUCUGAGCCCAAUUUUCCUGAUAUUGUGCGGAUAGCCAUCAACAAACAAGGGGUAACAGUGAUAAACCCACGGACUAAGGUGGCUUUAGUGACUCAUCCGUAUAAUAAAAUCUCCAACUGGUGCAGCGGCAGUACAUAUUUUCACAUGUCAGUGGGCAGCCUGGUCCGAGGAGGAAAGAUUCUCUGUGAGACUUCACUGGGUUACAAAAUGGACGACCUCCUGACAUCAUAUGUGAGUGCGUAUUUAGCUACUGCAAAGCAGAAAACAGCUCGAUACCUUGCCUGAUGGGACCAAUGUUAAAGGAUUUGGUCUGCCAACUGUUGCAUGAGAUUCUUACAACUCUCUCUGUCUCCAUCUCUCUCUCUACCACACCCUUAUCUUCCUCUUUUCCAACGUCU